AUGAACAUCGCGACCCAAAGCACCAAGAGCCUCGAUGAUCUCCAAUCACAGUUCAACCUCCUGAAACUCAGUCGAUCGAGCUUUGGGCCUGAGCCUAGCCAAUGGCCCAAAACGCUUGCGAUGGGCAGGUACUUCCUGGACAAUAAUAAACGUAAUCUCCUAGGAGACGCUCUGAAGGACACUUUCACGGAAUACGUUCCGACUCUCGAUAGCAGCACGAUGUUCGUUAGCAGAAACCUAAAUUCCAAUCAGGAAUGGUUUGGAAACAGAGUCAACGAGAUGUCUGAUGACACGUUUCAAGCCUUCUGCAACACUUUGAACAGUAAUGUCCUGGAAAAAAUGCAUCAACUCUUUGAAGAUAAAUGGGCCAAAGAGCCAGAGAACACAAGCGCUCGACCGUUCAAGACCCAGAAGAGCGGCACGAUGCAGAAGAAGAAACGAUCACCUGGCGACGUCAAGGCUGCAGUGGUCAGUUGGCCUGACGAGGCUGAUACGGACAUGCAAGAGGUCGGUUCCCGCUCUAUAGGCCAAGGUACAGAUUGCGAUACCUUGCCUCUUCGGACCUUCGGAAUGCCUGUUGUUGAACCCGGAGGCGAGAGAUCUCCCGUUACCCAUGUGCGACAGAUGAGUAUAGCUUCGAUUCUAGAUGAUACGGCAAGAGUCCAUGGGGACAGUCGCACCGUAAAGCUUCAUCAUGGUCCUUCGAUCGGCACCGAGACAGGGACGGGUUCCAAAAGUCUUUCAGAAUAG